UUGUGUAGCCUAUAUAAGGCAUGUAAUAAACUUAAGUGUGAGAUAGAAAAAUACAGACAGUCAAAUAUUUCCUCUUAUUUUAACAUGGUAUCACAGCCUAGGAUUUUAAGAUCCCUUUUUCUUUCUUCCGCAAGAUCAAUUAUAUAAUUUUUUUUUUCCUACAAUAGCCGUCAUCAUCUAAUCAAUUUUUAUUUUAUUUUUGGGUUUGCUUGGUUGCUGCACUACAUCCACCAAUUUCCUAAUUUGUUUUGUAGGUGUACGUGGCUUUCUCAUACUCCUCCACUAAAACACCUACUUUUUUAUUUUUUUUUCAAUUGGAUUUCAUUAUUCAACCUCUCUUUUUCGCCAUGGUUGGAAGUGAAAGCAACACCAAGAAACCACAAUUGAUUCAUGAUGCAUCAUCAUUCUACUAUUUGCAUCCAUCGGAAAAUUCAGGUAUGUCCCUCACAAAAUACUUGUUAACUGGCAAAAAUUACGAUGUAUGGUCAAAGGCAAUUAUCAAUGCUUUAGAAGGUAGAAACAAAGCAGGAUUUAUUAAUGGUGAUUUUGGUAAACCUGAGGAUGACAAAUCUCCUGAAUUUGCAGCUUGGAAAGCUAAUAAUUCUACAAUUUGCUCUUGGUUAUUUAAUUCUGUUGCUGAGUCCAUACAACCUAUUGUCGUGUCUCUUAAAAUUGCAAUUGAAAUGUGGGUUGAUUUGAAAGAACGAUACUCUACUGUAAAUGGACCUAGAAUUAACCAAUUGAAAUCCCAAUAUCAUCUUCUUCGCCAAAAAGGCAUGAAUAUUGUGUCUUAUUACAAUAAAUUUAAGGAAUUGUGGGAUUUGAUUUAUGGUUCUGAGGAUGUCACUUGUGGGUGUACUUGUGCUGCUGCUCCAAAGCUUCGUGCUCGGGCUGAAACAGAGAAGAUUCUUGAUUUUGUGAUGGGUUUUGACGAUGAGCAGUAUGGUCCUCUUCGUACUCAAAUUCUGAGCAUGGAUCCUUUUCCAACUCUCAAUAAAGCUUUCUCUUUGGCUACUCAGGAAGAGAGACACAAAGAUAUCAUUCGAGCUCGGGAUGACAAAACCGAUGCUAUGAGCUUCGCCGUGCAGGCAGCUACCCAUACUCCAUCAAAACAAUCUAUUCCCCCUGCAAUCACACCUAUGGUGUGCACUCAUUGUGGUAGGCAGGGACAUGAAGUUCAGUUUUGCUAUCAACUUCAUGGCUAUCCAUCUAAUUCUCGUGGUCGUGGUAGAGGCCGUGGCUCGGGCCGUGGUAGGGGAGGAGGACAAGCUGGUCGUGGGCUAGGUUCUUCAUCUAAUGCGGUGGCUCAUAAUGCUAUGUCAUCAACCCCUCGCCGAGGCGACAACAACAAUAGUAGCUCCUCAACCGCAGCAUCAGUUACAUCCCUUCCAGGGCUCAAUGCUGAGCAAAUGCAGCGCCUCUUGACCCUUCUUGACACAUCUUCCACCAAUGAUAAAUUAAAUGGACCGCACUACGAGGAUGGCUAUUGGUCUGUGGGGAGCUUAGGAAUGGGGUGUAUGUGUUUCGGCCUGUUACUUAGAAGGUUAGCUCGCAUCUCAGCACAUUGGAUGAUACUUUGCUCCUGCAUCAGCGUCUUGGUCAUCCUUCUAGCCAAGCUUUAUCAUUUAUUUCUAGUUCUAGUCGUAGUAGCAAGGUUAAAAAGGCCUUGGAUAAUUGUGAUGUAUGUUUUAAGGCCAAACAAACUUAUUCUGUAUUUCCUUUAAGUGAUAAUAAAGCUGAGAAUUUAUUUGA